GGCCCAGAAGAGCCCGGCCGCGGAGGCCGGGGGGCGCCUUUCUCUUUAAGAGCCGCACGGGCGCUCCUGAUUGGCUGUAGCUAUGCAGGAUUUUCUUCCACACUCCCUCGGAGCGCUCCCUCCCGCGUCACCGGUCCAGCUCCGUUUCCACAGCACCCCUCCCCGGCCGCGCGUCCUUCCCGCCCCGCGCGCGCCUGCUCUUUCUCGCCGCCGAGUUCAGCCCGGGCAGCCGUAUGGGGGAUACGCCAGCAACAGAUGCCGGCCGCCAAGAUCUGCAUUCCUAGGCCACGCUAAGACCCUGGGGAAGAGUGCAGGAGUCCGGGAGAAGGGCUGGAAGGAGGGGACAGGACGUGCGGAGAAUUCCCCCCUAAAAGGCAGAAGCCCCCGCCCCCACCCUCGAUCUCCGCUCGGGCCGAGGGCCUGCCUGCCUGCUGCUGCUGCGGGCGCCCACCUCGCCCAGCCAUGCCAGGCCCGGCCACCGACGCGGGGAAGAUCCCCUUCUGCGACGCCAAGGAAGAAAUCCGUGCCGGGCUCGAAAGCUCGGAGGGCGGCGGCGGCCCGGAGAGGCCAGGCGCGCGCGGGCAGCGGCAGAACAUCGUCUGGAGGAACGUCGUCCUGAUGAGCCUGCUCCACUUGGGGGCCGUGUACUCCCUGGUGCUCAUCCCCAAAGCCAAGCCGCUCACUCUGCUCUGGGCCUACUUCUGCUUCCUCCUGGCCGCUCUGGGUGUGACAGCUGGUGCCCAUCGCUUGUGGAGCCACAGGUCCUACAAGGCCAAGCUGCCUCUGAGGAUAUUUCUGGCUGUCGCCAACUCCAUGGCUUUCCAGAAUGACAUCUUCGAGUGGUCCAGGGACCACCGAGCCCACCACAAGUACUCAGAGACGGAUGCUGACCCCCACAAUGCCCGCCGGGGCUUCUUCUUCUCCCAUAUCGGGUGGCUGUUUGUUCGCAAGCAUCCGGAUGUUAUUGAGAAGGGGAGAAAGCUUGACGUCACUGACCUGCUUGCUGAUCCUGUGGUCCGGAUCCAGAGAAAGUACUAUAAGAUCUCCGUGGUGCUCAUGUGCUUUGCGGUCCCCACGCUGGUGCCCUGGUACAUCUGGGGAGAGAGCCUGUGGAAUUCCUACUUCUUGGCCUCUAUUCUCCGCUAUACCAUCUCACUCAAUGUCGCCUGGCUAGUCAACAGCGCCGCCCACAUGUAUGGAAACCGGCCCUAUGACAAGCACAUCAGCCCUCGGCAGAACCCACUCGUCGCUCUGGGUGCCAUUGGUGAAGGCUUCCAUAAUUACCAUCACACCUUUCCCUUUGACUACUCUGCGAGUGAAUUUGGCUUAAAUUUUAACCCAACCACCUGGUUCAUUGAUCUCAUGUGCUGGCUGGGGCUGGCCACUGACCGCAAACGGGCAACCAAGCCGAUGAUCGAGGCCCGGAAGGCCAGGACUGGAGACAGCAGUGCUUGAACCUGGAACAGCCAUCCCACAUGUCUGCCAUUGCACCCUCGGUUCAUGGCUUUGGUUACAAUAGUUCUCUUGUACAUUGGAUUGUGGGAGGGGCAGAGGGUGGGGAAGGAAUGGAAUUAUGUGGCUUGGGAAUUUUUUUGUUUCUCUCAAAAUAAUGUUGAAAUACAAUUAUCAAUGAAAAAA